AUGGCUCGUCGGCCGAAACGGUCGGCGCUUAUGCAGGCGUUUACCAUUGUUGCACUCUGUUUAGCGAGUUUAGUUAUUCAAUGUUCUGGCGUAAGCAGUAGCAGCGGCGAGCUCAGUGAUUUGAUCGCGGAGGAAAGUAGAAAUUAUCGUGAGUUACUAAAUAUUCCGAGAUUUGGUGAUCGGUUGUCACCGAGAAAUCGACCUCACGUGGAAGAACCAAAUACCGGUACAGGGAUCGCGAAUGUUGUCGGGUCUUCGCUAGCAGGUGUAAGCAAUACUAGUGGAAGCAAGUUCCGGCGACAACCAGGGCCCGGGAAUUUGUAUCCCGGGGUGAGCUAUCGAAACGCUGGAAGAAUAAGCUCCAUUGCGGCCAAUCACGACGAGUUACACACUCUAGUGAAAACAAAUGAUAUCAAACGAAGUGAUGUGAUGGUGACCAGUGUUACCCAGAACUUGGGAGAUACUAAUAGUGACAGUGACAGUGAGUACUAUGCGGUUUCCGAUGACAUCGAAGACGUCCAACGAUUUUCAGACCAGGACAACGAGGAAAUUGAAGGCGAAGGUGAUGGCGAUAGCGAUCUUGAUGAAGAACAUAAGCAUCUUGAGAAUUUGACUGUGGAGAGUAGAAGUGUCGACAGCAGUUACAACGUUCAGCAUUCGUUACUAGAAAGUAAUAGUGUUAAGGAUAACAGCCUGUCGUUGCUGGUUGGUCAACAAAAUAUAAGCAGUGGUAGUGGUGCAAAUGCGUCGUCGGCGCAAGCACAUCGACUUGAAAUGUCUACAGAAUUUUUCGUAGUGCCAUCGACAGCGUCACCCGCUGCCUCCCGUUCGACAAGUGUACGUCCUGGUGGUGUAAUACUGGCUGCUCGCAAUCCAACGAGUCACCAUAACAGCCACAGCAACACUCAUAAGCUGAAUGUCACACCGCCAACUGUUAUCGCGACUAGUUAUCCGAGUGGCCUGCGGAAAGAACCCUGGGUAGUUCCAGUAUUGGUACUGGCAUCGUUGUCGAUGAUUAUGAUGGCAGCUUUUGAAAUUUUCGUUCUCUGUAAAGCUUGGCGAACAUCUCCUAGUCGCCGUCAUCUUUUCCUUGGCCAAAUGUUGCUCCUUGGCUUGUUUGCUUGCGCGGGACUUGCAGCAGUUUUAACGGUUAAUCCUACAGUGCUGUCGUGUGCAACUAUGCGUUUUGGUGCAGGUGUUGCAUUUGCACUAGUAUUUGCAUCCCUUCUGGUAAAAUGUGUUUUCCUUAUUAGUCUAAAUGGUGGAGUUUAUUUACCAGCUCCCUAUCAAGGUCUACUACUUUUGUUUGCUGUUCUCAUACAAGUAGCAGUGGGAGCUCAAUGGCUUUUAACCGAUCCUCCUAUCGUUGACCAGGUCCCAAUUUCCAAUGGAGGAACUGCCAUAUCUAGCCGGUACUAUCUUCUUCUCACAGCUAAUGACCUGGCUCAAGUAAAUCCCACGAUCCCACUAUGCCACACAUCUUUUUCCGAGCUUCUGUUAUCCCUCAUCUACGUCGUGUUUUUGAUCAUCUUUGUCGCUAUCCUGGCGAUAAAGUCGCGUGGUAUUCGGGACAACUAUCGGGAGGCUACGUACAUUGGCCUGGCCGUCGGUGGCAUUAUUCCGAUAUGGUUGGGUUGGACCCUGUGUGGAUUGGCCGUGGCCGAUCGGCAUCGUGACGCGUGCCUGGCAUUUGGACUUGUGGCAACAGCCUCAACAGUGUUUCUAGUGAUGUUCAUGCCUAAGGGUCGACAGCUGGCGGCCAUGGGAAAGGAAGGUUUGUACGUGGAGGAUCGCGAGGAACGUUUCAGCUCGUUGAGCCGUGCCGGAUCCGGAUAUUCGCCGUCGUUUUUCCACUUCAAACCUAUCAAGUAUGGAGUGAUGGGUGCCUCGCCGACACUGCAAACCAACAAUGGAACCGUGGUUGGGACGACGACAACUUCCAAACAUCAGGCUGUUGCAACGCUGGGUGGAGAUCGCGUUGCACUGGUUACAGCACCCCCGAGCUACACGCCCCGCAUGUAUCAUUACUUUCCAGCACACAUGACACAUCCCUUCUGUUACUAUCCUUCGCCGGCACCGCAGCAGGCACGGUAUCCAGGUCUAUUCAUGCGUCCGGACGAAGCCAACCUCUACACCACACUGGAACAAACGAUGAGCAGUAAUCCGAACGUGUACUUCCAGCGAGGCGGUGGCGUCCAUCCGGGAAUGAUGUAUUAGAUUACGGUGUGCUUGAUUCUUACAAAAAGCAGAAAACACAAAACUAUUAGUGAUUUCGAACUUGCUAGAUCUUGCGCGGAUCUUCAUUUAGAUCAAACUCUGGGCGAAAACCACCUCGCGAACCACUAAAAUCUUUGUAGUAUGCGCCUUUGGUUCUGCAAUGUUAAACAUCAGUAUGAAGCAGAAUAGUAUUUCAAAACGCAGGCACCGCCGCAUGCUUGGAUUUAGUGAAAAUUACCAACUGCAGUAGAAACAGAUUGAAACAAGUGAUUUUAGAUGAUAAGAUCGACUAGGAGACACAUCUCCGCUACAUACUAAAUGAAAUAGUUACUUAAGAAAAAUUAUGGAAUUCUGGAAUCAUCCAAGGCAUUGAUGACUUCUGCUUGCUUAUUACCCCUUCAAACUCCAACAAACGGCAGAGCAAUUUUUCGGGAUUAAAUCUUCGCUUCACUAGAUCUUAAGUUAUCGAGAAAUUGUGAUCUCUCAACAUGGUAUAAUAACGGUUAAUAGAUGAAUUUCACUGUACAGAUACAAAACAUCUGAAAAUAAUUAUCAGCUUGCAAAAUGUCCUCUAGGUAGCCACGUAAUAGCAGUGCGCACUAAUUUAGCUAAUAAUGAGACCUACCAAGAGGCACAUUGACUCCAGUCCUCAUUCGAAAAAAAAGAAAACACUCUUGCACCAGUAGAGGAAAAGUUCAAUUAUGAAACACAUAGCCAGUAGGGGCUCCAAACGUAUCUGAUUUUACAAAAUAUUACUACUUUCUUAAAACGAAAAGUAUAACGCAUCAGCAAGAUACAAUAUGCUAUGCCGAAAAAGCAGUAAAUAUGAACUAAUGUAUUCAUUACUAUCCCUUGAAAUGUAAUUUAGGUUUAUUAAUGUCAGUACUUCUAAUUAAAAAAAAUGAUUUCGGUACUUAUUUUCUCAACACGUGCAAAAGAUGCGUGUAUGCGACAGCAGUGAUUUUAAUGUUCACCAACAUGGUAAACUUGUUCAUAGACUCAAAAAUACUUUAUCUAUUACAUAGUUUAAGAUUUAAUUUAGCUUAAAUAACACAAAGGAUUUAAAUAGAGGACAAUGUUAAAAAAAACUCUACAAAUACUCUCUGUGAAUGAAUUUACUACUUUUUAAUCAUACUUUGAGACUGUAUGAAGAAGACUACAACUGAGGUUCACCUGUACCCUAUGCCAUGGGACGAUUUAUGGCCAACGCUAAUAAAACGCCAAGUCAGGUCGAUUUCGUGAUUAGGGAUUCCGUUCUUUACAAGUUUUCUUCGAAUAAACUAUAAACUAAUUGAGUUACGAGAACAUAGCAAUAAUGACAUUGUAUUCGAUAGUGAACAAAUACACCGAUACAAAAACAGUAAAUUUUAAGCGUGAAUGUUGUUGUAAAUACUAGUGCUAACGAGCUUAGUCGAGAAACAGUUUGGAAAUACUAUAAGAUGAGACAUGAAUAAUAUAUAAAGCGUU